AUGCCCUCUCCACCCUUUGAUCAGGAAAUUGGUGCUGAAUAUGCCCACAAUCUUGCAGCAGUCAACAAAGUCUCCAUCACAGUUGAGAACAUCGAUGGAGUCGCAUUCACUACCAGCGACAACAACAUUCAUGUGAGUGCAGGGUACAUUGAAAAGGGCCGGCCGCCUUCAGGACUUGUUGAAGGCAUGGCGGAUUUUGUGAGGUUGAGGGCUGACUAUGCUGCAGAUAGCUGGGAUGAUGUAGGUGAAGACCCUAAUUGGGACCAAGGAUACCAAGGAAGCCAGUUGCUCAACUUUGGAUUGAAUGCCUUAUAUGAUCUCAACAACUGA